AUGGCUGUUCCAAUAGUUUGUACGCGAUUCAGCGACAAUUACGAUCUCAAAGAAGAAUUGGGCAAAGGUGCUUUCUCCGUAGUUAGAAGAUGCGUACAAAAAUCCACUGGCUUAGAAUUCGCCGCCAAAAUAAUAAAUACAAAGAAGUUGUCCGCAAGAGAUUUCCAAAAACUAGAACGAGAGGCUCGCAUCUGCAGGAAAUUGCAACACCCAAAUAUAGUGAGAUUACACGAUAGUAUACAGGAGGAAAACUUCCAUUACUUAGUGUUUGAUUUGGUAACUGGUGGCGAACUUUUCGAAGACAUCGUAGCACGAGAAUUUUAUUCAGAAGCCGACGCGUCCCACUGUAUACAACAAAUUCUAGAAUCUGUAAAUCAUUGUCAUCAAAAUGGCGUUGUACAUAGAGAUCUCAAGCCGGAAAAUCUUCUAUUGGCAAGUAAAGCGAAAGGCGCGGCAGUUAAACUGGCCGAUUUCGGUUUGGCGAUCGAGGUGCAAGGCGAACAGCAGGCUUGGUUCGGUUUCGCCGGUACGCCCGGGUACUUAUCGCCCGAAGUACUCAAAAAGGAACCCUACGGAAAACCGGUCGAUAUUUGGGCUUGCGGAGUCAUCCUCUACAUCCUGCUGGUCGGUUAUCCGCCGUUCUGGGACGAAGACCAACAUCGGUUGUAUGCCCAAAUUAAAGCUGGAGCUUACGACUAUCCCAGUCCGGAAUGGGACACUGUCACUCCUGAAGCAAAGAAUCUCAUCAAUCAAAUGCUCACAGUGAAUCCUGGAAAACGAAUUACGGCUGCUGAUGCCCUCAAACAUCCCUGGAUAUGCCAAAGAGAAAGAGUUGCGUCUGUUGUACACCGACAAGAAACUGUGGAUUGUCUCAAGAAAUUCAAUGCUAGGCGUAAGCUUAAGGGUGCUAUUUUGACCACAAUGCUUGCCACCAGAAAUUUUUCGAGCAGAAGUAUAAUUGUCAAAAAAGGAGAUGGAUCUCAAGUGAAAGAGAGCACCGACAGUUCUACCACCCUAGAAGAUGACGACAUCAAAGAAGACAAGAAGGGCGGCGUCGACCGUAGUUCAACGGUAAUUGCGAAAGAACCCGAAGGCCUAUCAGGCACCCCACCGCAAUCACCAAGAGUACCACUGAGUACUUGCAAUUCUCCCUCUAGCAGUAUCACCACCGUUACAACCUCAAAAACUACUCUCAAUUUAGGACAGGCCCUAUUGCAAUCCGUCCAAGCUCGACGACAGGAGAUUAUUAAAAUGACCGAACAAUUAAUAGAAGCUAUUAAUACUGGUGAUUUUGAGGCUUAUACCAAAAUCUGCGAUCCUCACUUAACAGCAUUCGAGCCAGAAGCAAUGGGCAAUUUGGUAGAAGGAAUGGAUUUCCAUAAGUUUUACUUUGAUAAUGUACUCGGUAAAACCUGCAAGGCAGUGAACACCACAAUCCUAAACCCUCACGUCCACCUUUUAGGAGAAGAUGCUGCUUGUAUCGCAUACGUAAGGCUCACCCAGUACAUGGACAAGCAAGGUCAAGCUCAUACACAUCAAUCUGAAGAGAGCAGGGUGUGGCACAAGCGCGAUAACAAGUGGCAAAAUGUUCAUUUUCAUCGUAGCGGCGGCAAUGGUGCCGCAGCUUUCGGUUUUAGUACGGCACAUAAAUAA